CUCGGCGGCCGCGGAGCCCGGCCAGGCCAGGCAUGGGCCUGCUCUUCGCCAAGCUCUGGAGCCUCUUCUGCAACCAAGAGCACAAAGUAAUCAUAGUGGGACUUGAUAAUGCUGGAAAGACCACCAUUCUUUAUCAGUUCUUGAUGAAUGAAGUGGUCCAUACUUCUCCAACCAUAGGAAGCAAUGUAGAAGAAAUAGUAGUGAAAAAUACUCAUUUCCUCAUGUGGGAUAUUGGAGGACAAGAGUCAUUACGGUCCUCAUGGAACACCUAUUAUUCGAACACAGAGUUCAUCAUUCUUGUUGUUGACAGCAUUGACAGAGAGCGACUUUCUAUUACAAAAGAAGAGCUUUACAGAAUGCUGGCUCAUGAGGAUUUACGGAAAGCCGCAGUUCUCAUCUUUGCGAACAAGCAGGACAUGAAAGGUUGCAUGACAGCUGCUGAAAUAUCUACAUACCUCACCCUUAGCUCCAUAAAGGAUCAUCCAUGGCACAUUCAGUCCUGUUGCGCUUUGACAGGAGAAGGAUUAUGCCAAGGCUUGGAGUGGAUGACCUCCCGAAUUGGAGUGAGAUAGCUUUUUUCAGAAAGGAGAGACUUCUAUUUAUCCUGUGAACAUGUACAUUUUCCUGUACUUCUGGCUGCUGAGGCAGUGACCAUGUUUAAUUUAUACCAACCAACCUCCAAGCUGUGCUUGAAUCAAGUGCAGCUGAACUGAAACAAAAUAUUUUCUUAGCUUUUUUUAAUACACUAAUCUUCAACUGGAUGAACAUCUGUGAAUCUGUUUUUAAGCAUUGAAAUUCUUCUGAUUAUGUAGUCUGGCUUUUUCGGUGAUAAUUUUUUAAGAUAUCUUUUGCCAUUUUCUGUGUUUCAUACCUUCUUGUUCCUAAAUUUAUAUAACUUACUAACAAAAAUGAGGGCAGAUUGUCUAAUAAAGUAGUGACUAGAUUGAACUUUAGCACAGCUUUGAUCUCUAAAGAUGACCAUAUCUGCAGUUGGGAUACCUGGAAAGUCGAUAGACUUCUAGGCAUUGCAUCAAUUAAGCUAUAAGUGUAACUUUUUAGAUCCUGAAUGAGUUAGCUACUUAUAAUUAGUAUUGAGGGGCCUUUUAAAGUGAUAUAAAACUGAAUUUCUGCCUUAAAAGAAAUUCGUUUUAUUCCCAUUUUGCCUUGUACAUAGUUCUGGGUUCUAAUUCCUUCUUUUAUCUGAAAUAACAUCUUUGUACAGUGGAUAAAAAUCUUAUUAGAUACUGUUAAACAUUUAGACCUUUAAUAACUUAAAAUAAAUCUCUUGAUAACAAAACUUGGAAUCAUGGCAGCCAGUGUUAUGUGUAGUUGUGCUGUAAUUGUAAUAUUUUUAAUACUGUACAUACACAAGCCUUCAUCAGAUUUGAGCAAGAGUGUUAUUUUUUAAACAAGUGCAAAAUCAAAAGGGGAGCCAGAAUUAUAAAUAGAACCAUAUCAUGGUACUGUAUGUGUCUGUAGUUUAGACUGAAAUUCUUGAUACUUCUUUACAUCUUUUCCUAUGUAAGUAUUACCAGAUUCUGUAGCACAGCAAAUAUUUUGCCUGAAUUUUGCUUUUAAUCUUAUUUGCAAGGCAGAGGAAUUUGCUGAUGUUCUGUUUAGAUUUGCCCAUCUGAAAUUCAUUAACUGGGAGACUAAAAAGUAGAGAGCUUCCAAUUAAAAAAAGAGGUUGGGAAGACUGUACUUCACUCUUUAUUCAGUUUGAAGGGGAUGCAGUUAGAUCUGUAAAGACAAUUAGGCCUCUGAAAAUAGAGAUGAAGUUACUGAAAGGGUUAGGCACUAAAAACUAAAACCAAAGAAAGUCAGAAAAAUAAAAUAAGCAAUACUGAGCGCCCAAUUUUUAGU